UGGCUGUUAUUUCGGAGACUUUCUGCAUUCGGUCAGAGGUCACAAUGCAGAUCUUCGUGAAGACCCUGACCGGCAAGACCAUCACCCUGGAGGUGGAGCCCAGUGACACCAUCGAGAAUGUCAAGGCCAAGAUCCAGGAUAAGGAGGGCAUUCCUCCUGACCAGCAGAGGCUCAUCUUCGCUGGCAAGCAGCUGGAAGAUGGCUGCACUCUUUCUGACUACAACAUCCAGAAAGAGUCCACUCUGCACCUGGUCCUGCGUCUGAGGGGUGGCUGUUAAUUCUUUAGUCUUGCCAUUCACAGUGCCUGAUGGCAUUACUCUGCACUAU